GAGCUGAGUGAGAGCCGGGGGAGAACGCCAGGAGCUCCGAGCUCUACAGAGGGGCGGAGCCCCAGUGCUUGGAGAGGAGGUGUCUGAAGGGGUGAGGUGGAGCUAAGAGGGUUGGAUGUUUUGGCGGAGGCAGACAGGAUCUGUACUCUCCGUUUCUCUCCCUCCUUUUCCUCUCUUUUUUCUUUCUUGGUUUGGUGGCGGAAUCUUCCGCGGGAGAUGCCUUGGCUGGGCGCGCGGCUAGGACUGGGGUGCUAGCAGCACGCUCGCCUGGGGCCAGCUGUGCAGAGCCACGCGCCUACAGCCCGGGCUGUCUUUGCUGCCCUGUUUCCACACCUGGCCGCGGCCUCGGAGGCUGCAAGUCCUGAUUUGCCUAAGCCCCACGAGGGGAGUAAGGCAAGGCGGUCCUCAAGCACUGACCUUUGGGCAAGUUAGCGAUUUUUCCCGGAGAAAGGCGGCCGCACCAAGUCAGCCCACGUUUCGGGACAAGCUUUGGUAGCCAUGGGCUUGCAACCCUUGGAGUUCAGCGACUGCUACCUAGACAGCCCGUGGUUCCGGGAGAGGAUUCGUGCCCAUGAAGCGGAGCUGGAGAAAACCAAUAAGUUCAUCAAAGAGUUGCUUAAGGACGGAAAAAACCUCAUUGCUGCCACCAAAAAUCUGUCUUUGGCCCAGAGGAAAUUCGCCCAUUCAUUAAGAGACUUCAAAUUUGAGUUCAUCGGGGAUGCUGAGACGGAUGAUGAGAGAUGUAUAGAUGCUUCACUCCGAGAGUUUUCAAAUUUCUUAAGGAACUUGGAAGAACAGAGAGAAAUCAUGGCAUUAAGUGUAACGGAGACCCUGAUUAAGCCUCUGGAAAAAUUCAGGAAAGAGAAGCUUGGAGCUGUAAAGGAGGAAAAAAAGAAAUUUGACAAAGAGACAGAGAAAAACUAUAGUCUUUUGGAUAAGCAUUUGAACCUGUCAGCUAAGAAGAAAGAUGCCCAUUUGCAAGAGGCAGACAUCCAAGUGGAACAGAAUCGAAAACACUUCUAUGAGCUGUCUCUUGAAUAUGUGUGUAAGCUCCAAGAGAUCCAAGAAAGAAAAAAGUUUGAGUUUGUGGAACCAAUGCUGUCUUUCUUUCAAGGAAUGUUCACCUUCUACCAUCAAGGCCAUGAGCUCGCCAAAGACUUCAACCACUACAAGAUGGAACUGCAGAUCAACAUUCAGAAUACAAGGAAUCGUUUUGAAGGCACAAGGUCUGAAGUGGAGGAUCUUAUGAAUAAAAUCAGACAGAAUCCUAAGGAACACAAGAGAGGAAGCCAGUUUGCAGUGGAAGGCUACCUCUACAUUCAGGAAAAAAGGCCUGCUCCGUUUGGCUCCAGUUGGGUUAAGCACUACUGCAUGUAUAGGAAGGCAGCAAAGAAGUUUACCAUGAUUCCAUUUGAACAUCGAUCAGGGGGGAAGAUUGGUGAUGGAGAUGUUUUCUCUUUGAAAGAAUGCACCAAAAGGCACACUGACUCUAUCGACAGACGGUUCUGUUUUGAUGUAGAAGCAGCAGACAGACCUGGAAUUCCUGUGACAAUGCAGGCCUUUUCAGAAGAAGAAAGGAAGCAAUGGUUGGAAGCUCUGGGAGGAAAAGAAGCUCUGCUUCCCAGUUUGAAUAGAAUCAACCUAAGACGGGAAGGAGGUGCACAACUGGAUAAGAUAGGAUUCACAAUUCUCAGAAAAUGCAUCCGUGCAGUUGAAAUGCGAGGUAUAAAUGAUCAAGGACUGUACAGAGUUGUGGGGGUGAGUUCAAAGGUCCAGAGACUUCUGAGUGUGUUGAUGGAUGCCAAAACAUGUAAUGAAGUGGACCUUGAAAAUUCCUCAGAUUGGGAAGUGAAAACUAUAACAAGUGCUCUAAAGCAAUAUUUGAGAAGUCUUCCAGAGCCCCUUAUGACAUAUGACUUACAUGGAGAGUUCAUCAUUCCUGCUAAGUGUGGCAGCCCAGAAUCUCGAGUCAAUGCUAUCCAUUUCCUGGUCCACAGACUCCCAGAGAAAAAUAAAGAAAUGUUGGACAUUUUGGUGAAACACUUAACAAAUGUUUCAAACCAUGCCAAGCAAAAUCUUAUGACAGUUGCAAAUCUGGGAGUGGUAUUUGGACCAACACUGAUGAGGCCCCAGGAAGAAACAGUUGCUGCCAUCUUGGACCUGAAGUUUCAGAACAUUGUGGUGGAAAUCCUUAUAGAAAACCAUGAAAAGAUUUUUAGGACUUUGCCUGAUGCCAGCCUCCCUGAACCAGUCUCCAUGUCAAUGUCUCCUCCAAAUGCUCCACCAAGGCAAUCAAAGAGACAGGGGCAGCGUAAUAAGAGACCUGUAGCUGUUUACAAUCUUUGUCUUGAGUUGGAAGAUGCUGACAAUCCUAGCCCUCCCAAGGAGGACACCCCAACUGGCAGCCUUGACUCACUUUCUUCACACUCUCCUACACCUGCCAUUUUGAGUAGUUCCCCUGGACCAGAAAAAAACCACCUCCUUACAGAUGGAGGAGAAUUGGUAGACUGGACAUCUAACCACCCCAGUCAGGCCCGUCCUCCCAUGGUCCAGUGGCUCAACCCACAAUCUCCUACGACCCCAAGUGCCAACACAGAUGCCAUCCCUUCGUCGCCCAUGGCAUCGUCCUUCCCCUUCUCUACUUCUGCUGCGGUCGCUGACAAGCCCACUGAAAGCUUUGUGAGUCGGAAGGCCCGGGCCGUCUAUCCCUGCGAGGCUGAGCACAGCUCCGAGCUCUCUUUUGAAAUAGGAGCGGUUUUUGAGGAUGUUCAGACUUCAAGGGAGCCUGGCUGGCUAGAAGGCACUCUGAACGGCAAGAGAGGACUGAUUCCACAAAACUACGUCAAGUUGCUUUAGCUCCCGGGCUGUGCACAUUCACUCGCCGUCGUCCAUGGCAUCCAUGGACUCUCCUUCCGGUUGCUUUUCCUCACGUGGGGGUGGGAGGAAGAUGCUCCUGUGAUCGGCAACACGGGGGGCCUGUCAGACAAGAAUUCGGACCCCUGCUUGGGACGUGGUCGUGGGUCAGGGUCCGGGGUCCGUGGGUGGGAUGGGGGGGGGAAGGGGAGAGUGGGACAAUGGCAUUUUCCGGAUGGGAGAAGAGCGAUUGCAUGAUGGUCUGAAUGGGCCUAUUUGUCCACGAAGCCUUCUGGCGAUAUGGGGAGGAGCAGCUUUUGCACAUGCUGUCCACCCCCCCCCCCCCCCCCCCCCGUGAUGAGGUGCAGAAGAACCACUUUCUUGCCGAGCACCUGAGAUGCCGUCAGCCUUCUGAGCCAGGGUUCCACAACCACCCGGGCACUUCCUUGUUUUUGCCAAAGAGGGGAGAGCCACCAGCAGGCCACUGCACCAGAGCUGUGACCCAGUGGGGAGCAGACCUGCCCCAAGGCCAGGCACCUUCCUCUGGCGGAAGAGGCCUUGCUUAACCACUUCCCCGUCACAGGGCACACAUAGGUUUAUGGCAAGCUUCACUGUAUCUCAUGGAUCUCAUUUGUACAUGGACUUGUCCUCCUCCACCCCCAUCCCCAAAUCUCUGUAAAUGAAAUAAAAUUUAAUUUACUCUUGGA